AUGAAGUUCUUUUCCAUCUUCUCCAUCUUUUUCCUUGUCUCCAGCGUUACGGCCGCCAACUUUGCCUGGGACUGCACCAAAAGUCUCGGGACAUGCCAGAACUACUGUUACGCCGCGAAAUGCGGCCGUAUGGGCCGCAGGAGAUUCACCUACGAUAGCAAUGCAAACGCCAGACCGGGACGUCGAAAGGCUUCUGGAUGUAAACGAAACCCUUGCAAUGAUAAGAAACUGAAAUUUGGGAAGUUUGGAAAUUCGUGUGAUGAGUUUCCGUUUGCGAGUGUUAAGGAGGGUGGGAGGAAUGCGCAUCUGAGGUGUGUUAACAUAAACGAGAAUAGGAGUGAGGGAGGGCAACUCAGUGGCUUCUAUAAGAAGAUCAAGAAUGGCGACAAGUUCGGUAUUACAAUAAAAAAUUACAGAAGAGCCUCAUAUUGUGCCGCCAAGCCAAAGUGUCGAAAUGACGGCGGCCAGUUCAAGUUGAAGAAUGGCAAGUUCGCUCCAUCCAGACAAGGCCUCAACAGCACGGAGGAGUUUGACCUCGAUAAUGAGGACUAUUUUGUUCUCGAUGAGGCCAUCAACGGCGAAGAAAUGGAGCCGCUUCCGCUGAGACAGGUGGAGACUGAUGACGGCGAGAUUCAUCUUAUUAUUGCUGAUGACCUGGAUGACCCGAUUAGUGUUGGGCAUGAGAUCUGGAGUGAGAGUGCGAAUGGGACUGUGCGGGUUGUACGGGAGAUAUUCGAGUAA